AUGGUGCAGAGGGACCAGAAUCAAGAACCUGACACGGUCCAUGAGGACCUGGGACUCAGUCACUCGGCCGGUAUAGCUUGGUGUUUGUCCGUCAGCACAAUUAAUUGUCCGGAAGAUGGUUUCGUGGUGUUCAUGGUCAAUGUGAGUUACGCCGAUGGUGAUGUUUCCAGUCAUCGAUGGCUACAUACUUACCCUAAAGCCGAAGCUAAAGCUCAGCAAAUUCAACAACGACAACAACAUGAUAAUAAUAGCUCACAGUUCCUUGUUACGAAUGCGAAUCAACGGCAACUUCCAUGCGCAACCCCAGUGCCCGUAUAA